UAAAACAUAAGGGUGAGAUGGCCGAGUGGUUAUGGCGCUGCGUUCAGGACUAAACUUGAAUUUCAAUUCAAGAUCUCGAGCAAUCGAGAUUUAGAAAUUUCGCAGUGGAGCAAUCCGCGUGGGUUCGAGUCCCACUCUCAUCAUCAAUUUACUUUUGGUAUCUAAUACUACGGGAAUCUCUCUUUAUUUUUGGCCAUACCUUCCGUCUAGUUGCUUGUAGAUGUUGAUGUUGUUUGUCGUGAAAGAAACAUGCAUUGUUUGAAUCUGCGAUCUCUUGUUGGUUUGUGAAGUGGGCAAGAAGUUUGCCAAAGUUGGAUUCUUCUAUGACAAUAUCCAUAUCUGAAUUCAAGCAAGCCGUGCCUUGUUCUAUAAGUAUUGAGGGCAUGAAGUGACGCUUGUCGCUCCAAGUGCCUCAUGUGUGCAUCUUGUAACACAGGUGGAACAAGCCUUUCUCAAGCUCUCUAUUUCUCUAGACAUUCACCAUGGCGCCUAAAAGACCACACAGUCAAGAAUUUGUACCCAACCCCUUCAUCAAGAAGAAGAACCUAGAAUGGAGUAUUGAUAUCACCGGCUUGCCGCACGAUGCAGCUAGCUCAAGCGGCUCCGACGAGGACAGAGAUGUCUCGCCACAUCAAGAUGAGGAGGAGCAGCCGACCACUUCCGCCAUUGAAGCUGGACAAGCCAGCAUAGAGGAUCACCUCAACUACUUCAGUACGCUUUUAGCUAAAACUACGCUGUCGCCGUUCCCUUCAGGCAGUCCCCAUCUUUCUGUCGAGGGCUAUCGGAAGUUGUACGAAGCCAAUGCCGGAAGUUCUCGCGGAGCACACUUUAUCAUCCAUCAACAUGAUCAUCCGGUCGCAGGUACGCAUUACGAUCUAAGGCUACAAAUCAAUGAAACGAGCAGUGCAUCAUGGGCAAUCAUGUACGGACUUCCGGGAGACCCAAACAGUUUCCGGUUGAACCGAAACGCAACGGAGACGCGGAUACACUGUUUAUGGAAUCAUCUCAUCGAAACUGCCUCUCAUGCCACUGGCUCUCUUCUCAUCUGGGACACAGGGACCUACACCAUCUUGCCAACGGAGCGCAAGAGUGAGCGGGAUGACUCGCAGUCCUCAUCAGAUGAAGACAGCAGCUCGCCACAAAUGACAGAGCAGCAGAAGUUACAUGAGGCGUUCGCAGCGCGGAAGAUCCGAUUACAGCUCCAUGGCUCGCGUCUACCAGAGCCAUACGCGCUAUACCUACGUCUGACGCAUGAAGAAGACAUCGCAGGCCGGAAACGCAGCACACGCGUUCCCAAAACUCGAAGACGCCGCGGUACACCUUCCACCCUAACAGGUAGAACCACGAGGUCCAGCGCCAAGGGCAAGGACGCACGCGACACGAGUUCCGACUCAGAGCCAGAAGAUCCCGCUACAUCCUCGCGCAGAACCAACGGGAAGCAACCCCAGACCGCUAGCGACGAAGACGAAGACGACGCGGAACUCGUGCGUGCGCCUGCCGAGGAGGGUGGGAAGGAUAUCUCCCCCACGGAACGCGAACUGCGCGAACUCGAGGACGAAGAAGUCCGCAGGACCAACGCGUACACUGGGGCAACGAACUCGAUACGCAGCGUGCAUCAACGGCAGUGGUAUCUAUCCCUGGAUCGCGAGAGCAGCGGGUUUGUGAAGAGAAGGCGGGAAGGGGGGAUAGUUUGGGAAAGAGGGGACGACGGAGUGAAGAUGGAUGAAUGUGAGACUGUUGCUUCGAGACUGACUUAUCCCUUUUACGUCCGUGGUGUUGAGCAUGAGAGGAGUGUGGUUACGGGACGGCUGGGCAGCGAGGUGCUGAGGGACGAGGGGGUGACGGGGUAUAUUGGCCGGAAGGGGUGGCAGGCCAUUCUGAAGUGAAAUCCCGUUCGGACCGCGCCCUAUUGCGGAUUACUUCUCAGCCCCUUUAUCGUGGAGCGUCACAAUAGGUUUAGUACUUGUGAUGUUAAGCUCACUUCUGCCUAAGCACUAUAGUCCAGCGCCCAUUCAGCAAAUUAACAUGCGUUUAGAGUGAUAGUAACAAGUG